GUAGGCUAUUACUUGUAAAUGAGUCUUAUCCACUUCUCCUUAGCCUACUUCGUCUUCGGAAAUGCCAUGAUCACUCUUUCUGAUGCAGGUAAUUAGAAGUUAUACGUUUUUAAAUAUCACGAGGCGAUUAUGUGGAAUGACGUUUUGCUUCCAAGGAUAUAACCAUCGUUUGAAGGUCAUCAGCUAGGCUGUUGUAUGCGCCGAUAGCCAUCAUGUUGGACUUACAAGCAACUAUUGAAUUUAUGGUGGAGUUGGAAUGCUUUCAUAAUAUUGAUCUGUUUCAGAGAGGUUUCUACAAUCUUCACACCUAUAUCAAAGUUCCUCCAAAGUCUCCUCUGAAAUAUGAAGUAUUCCUUCCAAGACAAUCAGCAUUUGAGCUGGUUGCCCCACCUUGCAUCACUCAAGAUAAUUUAGCGAUUUCAAAGACAUUUCAGAUUCUCUACAAGAAAGAGGAGGUUCAACUUGAUGACUGCAUUCUCUUCAAAGUCUAUCUACUUGUAGACAGUACUAAGAUUGAGGAAUGUAUCAACAAUGCUAACAUCCAGUUGGGUAUAGAGCUUCAUUAUGGAACCAGUGAACAACCACCUGUCACACCCGCUGCUCUUGAGCUGGUUAGCAGUCGUACCAUCCUCCUUCAUCUAGGGUUGUCUACUGGUCUUCACAGUCAUAUACCAGUUCUCUUUGAUUACUUCCACCUGUCUGCCAUUUCCAUGACGAUACAUGGCACCAUUACCAGCUUGCAUCAAGCUACAUUCAGUGUCCCUCGAGCUCCUAAGACUGGAUGGCUGAACAAGAUAUCGGGAGGGAAUUCCCCUGCUAAACAGAUUCCUAUACCAACCUUGGAAUGCGUUCUCUUUGGAAAUCAGACAAGGCCUCCUGUUAGCGCUAAUGUGGAUAAAUAUGCAGUAGCUGCCAGCUUACUAUCUCAUGCAUACAAGAUAUACCGGAGUUUAUGUUUGAUUCUACUCCGCAUCAGAACGGGAUUGUGUCAAAGCUUCAAUGAACUCAUCUCAUUACUCCCUCCAAAUCAACAAUUCAGUGUCGAUCCAUUCAACGACAGAGAGAGGUUAGAUGUGAUGUGUGAAAUUGUAAGGAACCUGAACAGUGAGGAGGAGAUUGUUGAAUCAGUGAACACCUCUUUAGCUCAGCUCUCAGGUGAGAUCUGUCUGAUGUGGACUCAGUUCAUGGAUGUCUUGAUUGGCCAAGAGAGAAUUAGAGUUCAUCUAAGAGAUAGAUACCACCAUGCUAGGGUUCAGCGAUUCUCGGAGGCAUUCUUUACUCUGAGCCAUCCAAAGUCAGACUGCCUGACAUUCAACGAGUUGAGCAGUACAGGAUAUCCCUCAAUAGUUCAGACCUUGAGAGGUUCUGCCUAUGGUUCAACCCUACCACCUUUAUCCAUUGAAUGCAGUGAACUAGAUGGAGAUGCUAACUCGGUUCCUAUUGUCUUUGAGGAUCGUUAUAGGGAUGACAUCACAGAGAGUCCUGCAGGAAGGAAACUCAACCUUGAGGAAGUCACUCUAAGUCUGAAGAGCCUCACCAAGCAAGGAUCACCCUUCCGCUCCACCAAAAGCCGUUCACCAUUUGUUGAAAGAAGGACUCGUAAAGAGAUCAUCGAUGAUGGGACGGAUGGUAGCGUGCGUAAUAAACCAAAGAAGGGAAAAAUGAAAUCCAUCAGGCACAUCAAACCUGAUUUUCUACGGAAGGGUCUUGGCUCGCAUUCAAAUAGAGGAGGUGCCAUUCCUAGAGACAUCCGAUGUUAUGAGAUCAAGAACGAGGCUUGUGCAGGGAUGCAGAAGCGUUCAUCCCUUAAAGAGAAUGGAAAACCAACAUCUCCAAUGAUAUCAGGUGCUGUCCCGAACUCUAUCUCCAUGCCAAUCCUCUCUCCCAGUAUGGGAUCUACAUCUACAGGAGUUGAUGAGUGCAGCGAUUACGACAAUCUUGAGGACAGUCGGGUUCCUAGGCCGCUCAGAAGCACACAAUCUGCUGAAGACAUUCUGAAUAGUAUGCAUGAUGGUCAGAGUGAUGCAAGUACAUGUAGUAUUACUGGCGAUCCUCCAUAUGGGAGCAAUCCUCUGUUAGAUGCCGUCAUGAACCCUGAGAGGGCUGCCAGGGGUACCUCUGAAAACAUUGCAUUGCUAGAACCUGAUGACAUUGAUAUCAAUCUGUUAGAUCAUACAGGGCUUUCAGAUCCGAGUGACCAACGUAGGAGUGUCAGGUUGAGCUUCCUGCAGAAUGGCGAUCCUAACGAGGAUCAGAUCCUGAACAGCCUCUCAAAGUAUCUCCAGAAGCAGAUGACGAUGUCUGAGGCUAACCUUCGGCAGGCAGAACUGGAGGCUGGGGAGGGCAGCUCUUUGGUUAGAAGGAAAGAUCAAGAUGUGCAAUCUAAUGGAGGGGCAAUAGAUAAUGAUGUUGAAGAUUCCACUAAUGGGGUAGAGGUCUUUGAUGAUCUUGCCAUCAAUGGAAUCACUUUAGAUGACGACGAGGAGUUGGAGGUGGAGGGGGCAACUGCAAUAAGCUCAAAUGUGCAAUCGUCUUCUGUUAUGAAUGGGACACAUACAGAAUUGAAUGGUCAGACUAUGAAUGGGGAAGGUGCUCACACCAAUGGCAGUAUUAGAACUCAAGAAGGCUUACAGGAAGUGGGCGGAGCUUCCUGGCCAAGUGGAGCCACACCAAUGGAUGGAGCAGCUGAGAUAGAUGUUAUGGACGAUACAAAUGCUAGGAAAGUCAUGUCAUCUUCUCGAGAAGGUCUCAUCUGUGAUCAACGGGAAGAUGAAAGUACAAAUGAGGCUGUAGUUAUCACGGACAUUGAACCCACUAAGGAGCGGAAAGGUCACAAGCACAAGAAGGGUCACCAUCAACACAAACACUCCAGCGGUGGAGGAGUUGGUAGCUGCGCUGGCUGCUUUUCCUUCAUUCAUUCCUCUGCAUCUCCUUCCAACUCUUUCACGGAGCCGUGUCUAGUGAAACCAGUAUUACCGUUAGAAUCAUCAACCAGUACUUCAUCAUCCAGUGUGAAUGCUAUUGGUCAGAGCAACAGUAUGUCUAGUGCAGGAUCUCAGGAAGGCAUGGCUGAGGGUGAGGACCAUAGACCAACGGAUGGACUAAGCUAUGUGAAUGCCAGACUGGCAUUCAAACAGAAGCUCCACUAUCCUGGUCAGAUGUACUGCGAUCUCCAAGAGAAAGCAUCCCAGGUUCCAUACUUCAGCAUCCCUCCUGCUGCCCAACAACCUGAAGAUGAGGAACAAGGUGUGGAGGUUCAUCUCAUUAUCUGUGUUCAUGGUCUGGAUGGUAACAGGGCUGAUCUUAGACUUCUUAGGACCUAUCUUGAGUUAGGACUUCCUGGAGAGAAACUAGACUUCCUCAUGUCAGAGAGCAACCAGGGUGACACAUUUGCCAACUUUGAGACGAUGACAGACAGGCUUGUCCGAGAGAUUGUUUACUAUGUGGAAGUGUUCAGGAUAAAACCAAACAGGGUCAGCUUCAUUGGUCAUUCCCUUGGUAACAUAAUAAUCCGGUCAGCAUUGACCAGGCCAGAGUUAGAACCAUUCCUUGGAAAGCUUCAUACUUUCCUCUCAUUAUCUGGACCUCAUCUAGGUCAGCUAUACAACAGUAGUACCAUAGUCAAUACAGGUAUGUGGUUGAUGCAGAAAUGGAAGAAGUCAAACUCCUUGUUACAGCUGGCAUUGAGAGACCAUACAGACCUGAGACAAACCUUCUUAUACAAACUCAGUCAAGACUCUGGUUUGUCCAACUUCAAGCAUGUAGUAUUGGUAGGUUCUCUUCAAGAUCGCUAUGUACCAAUCCAUUCAGCUAGGAUAGAACUCUGCAGAGGUGCUCUCAAAGAUAGAUCUUUAUAUGGUUCAGUCUACACUGAGAUGUUACAUAACUUAUUGAAGCCUCUUGUAACCAAUCCCAAUGUGUCCAUCGUCCGAUAUGAUGUCCACCACACCCUUCAGACCUCAGCUAACUCCCUGAUUGGUCGAGCAGCUCACAUAGCUGUCCUGGACUCCGAGCUCUUCAUCGAGAAAUUCAUGAUGGUUGCAGGUCUCAACUUCUUCAAAUGAACUUUGUCAAGCUGAAAAUCACUGGCUGCUUGUUGUAAGCUACAGAAAUCAUUGCAUCUGAUUGGUCAAGAGCAAAUUAUUCAGUGAAAAAUCAUGGAAAAGCCUCUUCAUGAAAUGCCCCCAUGAAUUAAUUUUCCGAUCCCGCAGUCAUAUGAGUGAUGCCAAGUAUGGUGGUUUAGGUGUUGAGAGCUUAAAUCUAGCUGGUGAACCUAGGUUCUAACAUCAAGCUAAAAUACAGCAGGGGGCUGUUUUAAAAUGCUGUUCUUAACCCAGGGUAGCCACUUCAUUUCUGAAAACUGUUCUCCCAGCGGGCUCUGCUAUUAUUUCCCUGGCUAAGCUAGGCUACCUAUUCAGGUCAUGAAUGACUUUAAGAAGACUGGUGAACCUUUCUUGUGGUAAAUGAUAUUCACUAUUAAAUGUUCAUUGGUGAUUAUGUAGUGUGUA